GAUAGCGGCGGCACAGGCGGUGCAGCAAGUCACGAGCCACACAUCUCACGCCACCACCGCGCCGACCACGGCAGUAGGAGGCCAGGACGAGGAUGUGUCCAGUUAUGGAGAUGCAGGAGGAGGUGGAAGAGAUCGUGCGAUGGAGAGAACGGCGGAGCAGUUGUGCCAGUUGCAGGACAAGGUUGAGGGGAGGCCGGAGAGGAGAGCUCGAGGACUUCCUUUCUCGAGGGAGAUUAUCGCUGCUCCUUUACCGAAUAAUUUCAAGGAGACAAAUCUG